AUGGGGAAUUAUCGUCAAGGACGUGUUAGUUUAUGUCAAAUCAUAGCCGUUGUUUUUAUGUGUCGCGUCACAGUGGCUUGUGCGGCAGUUCCCGACGAACUUGAAGGUCUUGCCGGGCACGUUCUUCGGGCUUCAGAAAACAUCCCAGCUAAAGAUGACAAUGGCCUUACAAAAAUUUCCGAUUCCGUGUCCUUUUUGCAGCCGGUGGAGGACGACGUGGUAAGAAUCUUGGAUUUUUUUUAUGUGAUGGUCGAUUUAUAAGCUUACAGACGAUGCCGAUGUUGCUUAAAACAUACCAAUUAAGCCUAAGUUAAUGUCACAUGGAAAAUUAAAAAUGUUUUCCCUAACACGUCAUUAUGGACGAUUUGUAGUUAACGGCUCAAAUUGAGCUCACAAAAGAAGAGCUCUUGUUAGUAAAUGCGAGUAAGUAGCUUAUGAGUAAACAAGGGGAGUUUCAUUUGAAUAGCUUCCUUCUCAAUUCUACCAAAGACCGCAUUAAGGGAAAGUUCAUUUAAUAUGACAAGGGGGGGGGGAUGAAGAUAUUGAGGGGGGGCUCCGAAAAUUUUUAGACACCCGAAGGGGGGGCUCUGAAAAAAUUGUUGCGCAAGGAGGGGGGCUCCGAAAAUUUGUAUACUUCAAAACCAACACAUGACAUCAUCAUACAGAUCGGAUGGUUUUCAACUCAACAAUUUAAUGACCUGUGCAACUCAGCUAUAUCACGUGGUUUACAGAUAUAACAAAUGUAGUCUCAGUAAUUAUUACACUCUUGUUCAUCCCAAAAAUGCUUUAGAAAAUUGUAUCACAACAGUAUCUCAAGUUUGUCAUAGCAUAAACCAUUGAAGACAAUAACGGUAAAUAUAUUUAAUACAGUCUAGCGAUCUUUUUUCAGGGGAGCAAAGGAAUUGAAGGAGGAGGGGUGGGGGGGGGGGCUCUGAAAUUUUUUCGACUACCAAGGAGGGGGCUCCUAAAAAAUUGAACCGCUAGCUAGGGGGGCUGCUAAAAUUUCAAGCUUCGAGUUUCAAUAUCUUCAUCCCCCCCCCUUGUCAUAUUAAAUGAACUUUCCCUAAUUGCAGAAAAUGAAAUAAUAUAAUCACUAUUAACCAGCUCCAAUUAAACGAAAUCGUUUUGAACGUUAAACAAACAUUGCUAUCUCUGAUGGCACUGUUUUCCGGCCAGUCAACUAGCAUGAUAUUUUUUUCAUGUUUUUUUUUUGCAGUGGGUUCAAACAAUGGGUGCAUUCCUUUGGUUUGGUCUGUUGCUUUCCUUGGAAAUAAAAUAAUAUAUUUCUAAAUCACAGUCUGGGCCCAGUUGUUCAAACGCUGAAUAGCACUAUCCACCAGAUAAAUCACUAUCCAGCAGAAAGUUAUUGCGAAAAUCAAUUACGCUUUCUGCUGGAUAAUGAUUUAUCCGGUGGUUAGUGCAAUCCAGCUUUUGAGCAACUGAGGCCUGAUCUAUUGAAUCCACUCUGGACAGGAACUGGGCUAUUGCAUUUAAUAUCUGUACCCCCAAAUUGUGUACCAAUGGAACUCUUUGCGGUAGUUGUAAAAAUUGAGGAUUUCUUAAUGGAUAGAGUGAAAAAAUAUGGGAUUUUUUUAGGGUGAAGCAUUAAUUUUAACAAAAUUCUUCAGGGGCAGAACCCGUGUUCUUCAGGGGUAGACCCAUAUUCUUCAGGGUUAGACCCAUAUUUUAUAGAAGUCUUUAGGGGUGAAAUCAAUUUUAUUUAAUCUUCAGGGGUAAGAAGAAAAGGUAAGUCUUCAACUGGGGAGUUAUGGCUAUAAAAAUAAAAUUGCAAUAGCCCAUUCUUUGAGUAACUGACUUCAGUGAUCCAAUAGUGGAUCUGAGCAACUUCAGAAUACCUGUCCACAAAUGUACGUGUUAAAUGUACUGCUAUCGGGAUCCACAGUCUGCAGCCAGUAAAAAGGAAAUUGUUGUGUAAAUAGGUAGUGAAUUUGAAAUUUGAUUUAGUGUAAAAGUAUUGCUGCCACAGUCUACAGUACGACAGUCAGUGAAUUUGACAUUAAGUAAGUGUAUAAAAUGUACUGCUACUGCAGUCCACAGUCCCGAAGUCACCGAAUAUUAAGUUUAGUAGAAUGACUGCUUUAUUUUAAACUGGCUCAGUUGGGAUUUGAGGAUUAUUAAGAACAAAGUACAUUUCAUUUAUAAUGUGUUUGUUUUGGGUGAUGUGGUUUUAAGAAUGAGGCCUAUCACAUUUAUAGCACUGCGGACUGCAGACCUGUAGCAGGGGUUGUUCGGAAUAUUUCAGUGGCCGGGUAUUCUGAAAUUUAGCCAGUGGAUCAACAGAUUGGAGAUACAGCCUUCUCCUUUGGACAACAGAUUCAAUUUUAAAAAUUGUGCACAAGGGUUUUUUGCACUGACUAGUGCAUUUCCCUCACUUUGAAAACAUUUAUUAUGUCAUCAUGUCGAAAAUAAAUUAUUGUCGUAUUUUGUGAAUGAGAUAUCAUUUUAAAUGAAAACUCUCUAAAACAGGAUUACAUUUGGAAUCCUGUGCAAAACAUACUAUCCUGAAACCAGCCAAUGUUCAAGCCCCAGAUAUGUUGAUAUCAUUUCCAGGGCUCAUGUUGUGUCCUCUUCCCUUCCCAGUCACCAUCAGCUGUCAGCUGGCGUAUUUAUUUAGCAUUUUAAACAACCACAAUGUCUUUAUUAACCUGGUUGCAUUAUCGUUUUCAGGAUGCUGUCUUCCAAGGUUCUAUAUCAAAAGAAACAACUCAAUCAUCUCGCCGGUCAUCACGUAUCUUUAGCUUUGACUUUUUACAUGGUUUUGUAGCUGCGUUAUCUGUCAUCAUUGUAUCAGAGCUAGGCGAUAAGACAUUCUUUAUUGCGGCAAUAAUGUCAAUGAGACAUUCAAGGUUGGUAGUUUUCACUGGAGCCAUGGGAGCACUGGGUCUCAUGACCGUCCUUUCAGCAGUUCUGGGUUUUGCAACAACUGUAAUUCCACGAAAAUACACACUGUAUGUAUCAACGGCUCUUUUUGUCUUCUUUGGUCUUAAAAUGUUAAAGGAAGGAUAUGAAAUGGACCCCAAUGAGGGGCAGGAGGAAUUAGAAGAAGUUCAAGCGGAACUUAAAAAGAAAGAGGCUGAGGUUAGUAUUGUCACCUGCAUGAAACUGGUAUGGUAACUUAAAUAGUUUUCACUGGAUGGUGCAUUUUAGCCUGUGCUACUUGCGGGUAGUAUCAAUCACAUAGGGUUUCUGUUUUCUUAAAUUACAAAAAUUCAAAUUUGUGAAAUUAUAGGAUUGGUUGGCAUAUUCAGAGAGAACAAGAAGAAAAAGCCCUCUUACCAAAAAUCGCCCUUUUUAGUGCAAAUUGUUGUUUAGAUAGAUAUAAGCACUGGUUUGCUCUGAUGACUCCAUACAAAUCCUUGAAAAAUUGGCUUGGAUCAUAAUGUUAACAUUCCCGGCCUAUUUUAGAAGGAUUUAUGUGCAGUCAUCAGAGCAUAACAUUGCAUAUAUCUCAUCACCAAUUUGCAGUGACAGGCUGAUUUUUGCCAAGUGAACAUUUUUCAUCUUGUUCUUUCUGGAUAUGUAAGUAAGUAAGUAAGUGAGUACAGUCGACUCCUGAUAAUUCGAACCUUCAAAGGAAAUAGACAAAAAGUUCGAGUUAUCGGGAGUUCGAGUUACCGAGGGUAAGAUUAUUUAGAAAAUGAUCUGAAGGGAAAUGAAAAUUGCUUCAAGUUAGUGGGAGGUUCAAGUUAUAGAGGUUUCGAGUUACUGGGAGUCGAUUGUAACCUUAUUUAAUCAGGGUAGCCUAUUCAGCAAUGAGGCUGGUAUCCAUAGGGGCUCUGAGAAAUAAAAAAGUAUACUAUUUAAAAAUUCCUAAGGUGUAUACAUGAUUAAAAUAAACAAUAAUACUGUAAAAAAUCUAGCUAGGUCAAUAUAAAAAGUGUGUGCUGAGAGAUAAGAAAUUAAAAUUAUAAGGUAAAAUACUCUGUCAGCAUCUUUUUAAAACUAUUUACAGACGUGGCACUUUUAACAUAAUUGGGUAAAAAAUUGAAAUAAAUAGCCUCUGCAUACUUAAAAGUUCUUUUGCCCAUGUUACGUUUAGGCUUUGGUGAGUGCAGGUCAUUACUUUUUCCAGUUGCAUGAUUGUGCAACAAAUCAGAUGAUUUCACAAAUUUAGUUUUCGUGACAUCAUCACUUCUCAUCCCUAUGAAGCCACCCUUAACCCCUUAAGCCCCAAUAUCCACAAACAAAUUCUCCAAACUGAUCUCUGAACAUUUCCUUACAGAAUUAGUUGGGAGAAAUUGAUAAAAGAUCAGAGAUUUUUCUCUUUGUGAUCAUUUGAUUAAUUCUCAUAGAUGUUGCACUUGACAAUCUAUGGAUAUUGUUAGGAGAAUAUUGAUGUUGGUCACUAUUGGGACUUAAAGGGUGAAAGUCACAACACAUAAUAUGAAAAACUCAGUAUCAUGUUUUGCUAUUGUUCGUUUAAAAAUGUCAUGUAACUAUUGCUUUUAAAGCUAAUCAAACUGUAACCAUUUUCUUUUUUGGCAGUUGGUAGGAAUUAAUGAUGAUCAGUCUGUAAACCACUCAGGCAUGAAUAAAUAAAUUCAUUGUUAUUAUUUGAAAUGAAGUGGAGGUGUGGUGGCUGUGCAGUUAAGACUUUAAACUUGGGAUUUGCUGGUCAAGGUUUGCGUCUUGGAUAUAUUAUGUUAUAUAAAGCUGUCUUCCUUUUUUUUAAGUUGGAAAAAGAGCAAUCUUCAACCGUUACUCAAGAUGUUGAGACUGGUGUUAUCCGAGGUGGAAAAAAGCAUGCAAAGUUUUUUGGUCUACUUUCACCCAUACUACUUCAAGCAUUUACACUGACUUUCCUGGCAGAGUGGGGAGAUAGAUCACAGAUUGCAACUAUCCUGCUUGCAUCAAGAGAGGUAGGUUUUUCAGAGAGUUAAUAUCUGACCUUCCAGGAGAAGGGACAUUCUUGAGAUCUUUCUUAACUUUCUGUCUUUUCAACAUGCCAAGAAAGUAUUGUAUCUGUUGUACUUCAAUUUUGCUCAUGGUAGAAAUUGUCUUCGUACUGGUACAAUUACCUUUAAACUGGUACAAAAUUAUUGAUCCAGUACAAAAUUUACUAAAUGGUUCUCAUUAUACCUUUUAAAGAAAUAGUCUUAGUUUACAGAUAUCUAGGGUUAAGCACUCAUUUUACUGAUAAGGGUUAGGUACUGUCUUUCCUCACGUGUAACCCUUUACCUGGUCAGAAGGGUUUACAGUAGUUAUUAAAGUCAAAAUGUCUUGUUUUGUUGACAGAAUGUUGUGGCAGUGAUAAUUGGAGGAACAUUAGGGCAUGGCUUAUGUACUGGUCUUGCUGUUGUUGGAGGAAGAUUAAUUGCCCAAAAAAUAUCUGUCAGAACAGGUAAGUUAUCUUUUGAUCUUUUGCUCAAGAUUUUUAUCUUUUUAUUUAUUUGGUUUUUAAACACAUUGCAAAUAUUUAAGAAAAUUCUUAAAGACAAAACAAAACAAAAAAAAUCAUUAACCAAAGCAGAGAUGAAAGUAAUAAUAAUAUUAAUUAGGUAGCUAAACAGGAGAACAAAAAUAUUUAUUUCACAAGAGAGCUAGUGAGUCAGGUAAUAAAGCCAAAAACAUUUUUUUGCCUUUUUUCAUCUUUGAUAGAAAGCAGGAAACAAAAAAAAUGAAGGAGAGUUCAUUCAAUUAGUUGCCUAGUCUGAGGUAUUUUGUGCCACUUCUGAUUUGAUUCUUUGCUGUGAAGCUCAAAAGAAGUGGUUCCUCAAAUAUUGAUUAACAUAAAUUUGAAUAAAUUAUUAUUAUUGCACUAAGCCCAUGUUUGUUAUAAGGCUUGCUUUUGAUUCUGCGGCACCAAAAGCAAAACAAAAUUUAAGUCUAGGCCAAUCAGGUAAAAGUAUGAUAUGGUUCAUUAACACAGCCAUAAAAUACAGUCUGUAAUACUGUUGUUAUGGCUUCAGUCAUUAUUAUUGUUUCUGUAGUGCUCUUGUAAAUUGGCUUAAGUUAUAUGCAGUUAGGGCAGAUACACUAGCCCUAAGAGUGAUCAGCAUCAAAUUUCUCCUUGUAAUAUCAAUGCUUUGUAUAACAGAGUAGUCGUGAGAAUUAAGGACAUGAUCACACAAGAUGAAUUUGCUUGAUAUUUUAUCAACUUCUCCCCACUACUUCUGUAGGAAAUAAAUACGGGCAACAAAUGAGAAUUCCAAUUUUUAUCUUAGGGUUUAAAGGGUUAAAUAGUCUAAGGCCACUUCUGGAAAGUUUGAUCAACCCAAAUCCUGGAUUCAAAUUUUAAUCAAUGAUUGUAUUAGGCUGAAGAAUGCCACCACUGGUUUCCCCGCAUAAUGAUGUCUGAGAAACAAGCCCAAAAUUCCCCUACUGAUGACACAUCACGAGCCAGAUCGGGGUAGUGCUUCUGAUAGGCUGAAGCAAAUUUCCCACGCAGCAAGACCAAUCAGAAGCACUACCCGGGUCAUCAGUAUGAAGUUUCUGCACUCAUUUCUCAGAUGUCAUUUCGCAGGAAAACCACAGGUAGUGUCGUAAAAUGUUGGCUGUUUUCUCAGGCUGUGAUUGUAUUUACUAGCCUUAGCGGAGCUGUCAUUAAGGGCCGGGGGCUGGCAAUUUUCCUCCGGCUUCCAUGAAUAUAUUCACCUCAAGCUACGUUCAUAGGAAAAUGGAAACAAAAUGCAACCAAAAGAAAUCCCUAGCUGUUUGAUUCCCCCCCCCCCUGCCUACUUGUUGUAUUUGCCUGGCAACUUGAAAUCUUAGUGACAGCCCUGCUUAGACUGUUAUUUUGAGUUAAUAACACUGGAUCAUGUAGUAAAGGUGUGGCAAUAUGUGGAAUGUUCCAGUUACAUGACCUAAGACAAGAAAUCAUUGCCUAAACAUUAUGUGGCUUAACCUUAGGUAAAAGUAACUGGGGCUUGUUCAAAAAGUUACGUCAUAGUAUGCCAUGGUCUUUCUUGUUGCUCCAUAAUUUAGAAUGUUUCAUUUUAAGAUGUAACAAUUUAUUUGUAUGUUUUUUUUCUUUUUCAGUCACUAUCAUUGGUGGAAUUGUGUUUUUAAUAUUUGCAUUAACAGCAUUCUUCAUUGAGUAA